ACGCAAAAAAUCUUCGCUACGUAUCGCAAUGACAAGGACUCACACAAAUAUGGUAAAGAAAACUUUGACAUAGCCGAUUUCGAUGAAUCACUCACGACUUCCAAAAAAGAUGAAUCUGCUAGUUUAGCACUGGAAGAGACGAUAGAAAAUGAACUGCUAAAGAUCGAUGGCACGGAUCUAUAUGUCAUUGGACAAACGGAAGAAAGUCAGCGCUUCGAGCUGCUUACUGAGAAGCUCAAAACGCAGCGAACAGUGGAACCGCGGAGACUCGAUGUCAUCGAUUUCAAAAGUAUCUUGUGCUACAUCUACACAAGCGGAACGACUGGACUCCCAAAAGCUGCUGUGAUGAAACAUUUUAGGUACUACUCGAUGGUUAUGGGAGCAGCAAAAUCGUUUGGCAUCUAUCCUUCGGAUAGAAUUUACGUGUCAAUGCCCAUCUACCAUACAGCAGCCGGGAUCUUAGGAAUUGGGCAAGCACUAUGUCGAGGAUCCUGCUGCGUAAUCAGGAAGAAAUUCUCAGCUAGCAAUUUCUGGAAGGACUGCGUAAAAUACAAUUGCACAGUAGGCUUCCCAGUACAUUGGAGAGAUCUGUCGCUAUCUCCUUGCACAACCAGUGGUUCCCGAAGAAUCUAUGCACAACAUGAGAUUACUGUAUGGGAACGGACUUCGAGCAGAGAUAUGGCAACCAUUCGUGGACCGAUUCCGAGUAAGAAUUGGGGAAUGAACAUCGACGGUCAUGUGGGGGCUUGCGGUUUUCUCCCAAUCUCCCCACUUACCAAAAAGAUGCACCCAGUUCGCUUGAUUCGAGUGGACGACCGAACUGGCGAAGUAAUUCGGUCAAAGUCUGGGUUAUGCAUAGCCUGUAAUCCAGGUGAAAGUGGAGCUAUGGUGUCGACAAUUCGGAAAAAUAAUCCACUGCUGCAAUUCGAAGGCUACCUCAACAAAUCGGAGACAAAUAAGAAGAUCAUAAGAGAUGUCUUUGCUAAGGGUGAUAGCUGUUUUGUU